AUGGCCGAUAUGUCUGCGGUCGGAGACGACAAGCUCUCUCCCGGCCACGAUGACCUGCAGCAGACGGGCAACGGCGCUGACACCCGCGGCACCAAGCGCGGUCGCAUGAGCGCCGAGGACGACGAUGAUGAUGACGACAAGCCCGGCCGUGAGCGCCGCAAGAUCGAGAUCAAGUUCAUCCAGGACAAGUCGCGUCGCCACAUCACCUUCUCCAAGCGGAAGGCCGGUAUCAUGAAGAAGGCCUACGAGCUGUCGGUCCUGACCGGCACUCAAGUCUUGCUGCUGGUCGUCUCCGAGACGGGUCUCGUCUACACCUUCACUACCCCCAAGCUGCAGCCGCUGGUCACCAAGGCCGAGGGCAAGAACCUCAUCCAGGCCUGCUUGAAUGCGCCCGACCCUACCGCGAACGAGAACGGCGUCGAGGGCCCAGAGGUCCCCGCCGAGGCGCCCGAGGACGUCGGUCACAACGCGCCUCAGGGCGUUCCCCGGCCUGGCGGUAUGCACCCGGGCUACAUGACCAAUGAACAGCAGCAGCAGAUGGCCUACUAUCAGAACCUCCAGCAGCAACAGCAGGGUGGCCAGUAUCCCGGCAUGCCUGUGGGCAAUCGCAUGCCGCCCCAGCACCAGCCCACUGCUUAA